AUGACGGCAAUGUCAGUGAUUGAGUAUGAGGGUGUGAAGACGAGCACGGCGCUUAUUAAGGAGCUGGGUCUUGAGGAACAUAUCGAGGGAGGUAUGAGACGUACAACCACUGCUGCUUUAUUGCUUCGGGCUGCCUUUGCUUCAUCUCUGCGAGAAAGAAACUUGACGAUUGAUGUUGGGUUAUGUUUGGGAUCGCCAGGGUACUUCGUCUUGACAGAUAGCCAGGACCAACACAUUCCAUUGCCGUUUGCAGACGAGAAGAGGCGCCCGUUGGCGACGUCGAUAUACUACCUCCUCGCAUACGACCGCCCGGAGGGUAAGUUCCACAUGAACAAAUCCGUAACGUACCACGUCCUACACCAAGGGCGCACCGAGUACACGCUCAUCCAGCCAGGCAACCCACCGACGGUCCAGAAGGAAGUCAUGGGCACUAACCUUGUGUCUGGCGAGAGCCGCCUGCUCAUCGUUGGCACGGGCAUAUGGAAACGUUCUCAGUUGCUUGAGGACGAUAUGGUGAGGGCGAAGAGGGGCACAGAGGAGGAGAGGGACCAGACAAAUUGUCUGAUCACGGAGGUGGUUGUGCCGGGAUUUGACUGGGAGGAUCAUAAGUUUAUGCGCAAGGAAGAUUUGGAGGUGCUGUUUAGGGGAGAGGUGGGUGGAGAGGAGAUGAUUGGAGAGUUUGAGAAGUGGGUUGGGUAG